AGGACGCACUGCAUGCUCUGCAACAAUAGCGAGACUUCAUUCACACAAAAGUCAUUUCUAGACACUACGAAAAAGCGUAGAAGAGUUAAUUUAUUAACAACACAGGUCAGUCAUUUCAGUUUCCUUUUUCCAUUCUUUCCUUCUUUCUUAUUUUAUUUCCUGAUUUCUUGAGUUCUUGAGUUCUUUCUCUCUCUUUCUCUCCCUUUUUCUUUCUUUGUGUCUUUCUUUCUUCUCUCGCUUUCUUUCUUUCUUUUCUCGCUUUCUCUCUUUCUUUCGUUUUCUUUCUUCUUUCCUUUCUUUCUUCCUUUCUCUUCUGCUGCACUCGGUGACGACGUGUCCUGGUUGCGCGCUUCGGACUGCGCCCGGAUUGUGAUGGACCUCCGGAGGUGUGCGCGUCCCCGGGGUGCCAGAAGACAUCUGCAAGCUUAGGCCACACAGUGACUUCAGUCCAGGAGCCCCUCAUGUGUGGGGCUUCCUCCUCUGUGUGCUCGUCCCCACUUCCCCUCAUCCUCCCAUCUUCAGUGGGAUGUCCCAGGUGUGUCUCCUCUUGGCCUUGCUCAUGCUCUGCAGCUGCACAAAGGUGUCUUCCACCACAUCCCUGGAGCGUUUGAAGAAGCAGUGGAGCAGCUACAAGAACCAGUGUUUAGACUUCCUGAACUCCGCACCCCCCACAACAGGGGCGGUUUGUAACAGAACCUUUGACCAGUUUGCCUGCUGGCCUGAUGGAAUCCCUGGAACCACAGUCAAUGUCUCUUGCCCUUGGUUCUUGCCAUGGCAUUAUAAAGUCCAACAGGGUGUGGUCUACAGAUUCUGCGGCCAAGAUGGUAGCUGGGCCCAGAAGAAUACCAGUGAAUGUGAGGAUGAGCCUGGCCAGCAGCAAUAUGGCCGCAUCCUCAGUAAGUUUCGGAUCAUGUAUACGGUGGGAUACUCUCUGUCUCUGGGAGCUCUUCUACUGGCUCUGGGAAUCCUCAUCAGCUUCCGGAAGCUGCACUGCAUGAGGAACAACAUCCACAUGAACUUGUUUGCUUCCUUCAUCCUGAGAGCCGUGUCCAUUCUGGUCAAAGAUGCCCUGUUGGCCCACACCCUGAACCCCAGGAGCAGUGGUGAAACUCGGGCUCAAACAUGGGUCAACAUACCGGCUGUGAUUUGGUGUCGGGGCGCCAUGGUGAUGAUGCAGUACACCGUGAUGGCCAACAACUAUUGGCUGUUGGUGGAAGGCAUCUACCUGCACAGCCUGCUCAUCGUCAAUGUGUUCAGUGAGAAGAAGUACUUUUAUAUUUACAUGGCCAUCGGUUGGGGUGCACCACUUGUAUUUGUUUCCCCCUGGAUCGCAGUGAAGUACCUCUAUGAGAAUGAGGAGUGCUGGGAGAGAAAUGUAAACAUGGGAUACUGGUGGAUAAUCCGUUUCCCAAUUUUGGUUGCUUACUUGAUAAAUUUUUUCAUUUUCAUACGUAUCAUCAAAAUUUUGAUGUCUAAACUCAGAGCUCAUCAGAUGAGAUACACAGACUACAAAUUCAGAUUAGCAAAGUCGACACUGACUCUAAUCCCUCUGCUGGGGAUUCACGCUCUUCUCUUCACCUUUGUCAUCGACGAGUCCGUACCAAAAGGUUCCAUGCUGCGCCUGAUACGGCUCUUCUGUGACCUCCUGUUCAACUCAUUCCAGGGGCUGCUUGUUGCCAUCUUGUACUGCUUUGUCAACAAAGAGGUGCAGUCAGAGAUUCUAAAAAAGUGGAAGCGGUGGAAGCUGGGUCAGGACAUUGGCGAGGAGUACCGCCACACCCACAGCCAGACGCCACACAUCAAAAGCGGCAGCAUCGGCACAGGAAACCUGCCUGAUCUCCAUGACAACAACACCAGUGACCCCAUUGGGGGAUCACCGGGGGGUACACCGGAACACAAAAAAAAUGACAGAGGCUCAUCCAGCUCCACCGCACCUGAGGAAACCCGCCAGUUGGUUGUAUCCCACAGCAAGGGGAUCGGGAAAGUCAACACACACACCUUUCACCUCUCAUUCUUGUCACAGCGAGCCGCCACUAGCCACGCCAACACCGCCUCAGAGGACGUGUGUCUGGAAGAGAGGGCGCACUCUUACCCAAUGGAAGGAGAAGAAACUGUUGUCUGAGUCCUCCGUCAACGCGGCAAUGCUUUUAACCAGUUUAAAGGGACAUGUAAUGGUUUGAGGGGGGCUUGAGCAAAAAAAAAAAAAAAAAAAAAAGACCAGACCUGCAGAAUGAAAUCAUGACAGUAGAAUCCAACAAAGGUCAUGUGCUGUACAAUGUGAUCGUGUUCGUAACUGUGUACUUUUAAUGUUGGGAAUUAUGCUUCUGUUGUGUGCCUCUUUGUUUUAAUGGAUGCACAUUUGUGGUACUGUCCAACACGACUCGCUGACUUUCAAUGGCUUUAAAAAACAUAUAUUUUAUAAAACUGAAUGUGAACUCCAGCAUGCAUCGCUUGAAAGCAUCUUUACCUAGUGCAGUCCACAAAGUAUUCCCGCACAAUGACCACAGCAUCUAUGCCGCAUUGUUUAACCGUGUUUUUUUUUUUUUUUUUCACGUGACCAAAGCCAAAUAGUUAAAUUAUUAUGUAUGUGUAUUAGUGUCUUUAAUUAUUCCACGAACAUUCCUUUUUCCCAUGGUAUAGCUAUAUUUUGGUAAAUGUACAAUGGUGAAAUAUGGGUGGAAUAAUGUUAGACUUAAACUAUCACGAAAGAUGUAUACUAGCUACCAUAACUGGAUGUUUUGUGAAGACUUAAUUUUCACUCAAUUACCUUUUAACAAACUUGCAUUUUAAAGAGCUAAAAAACAAUGUAACACAAAUUGUUAUCUUGUGUAGCGAUAGAUUGGUGCUUUGGAUCACCAUCAUCAUGCUAUUCUGUCAUCCCUCACAUUUUGAGCUCUAUAUUUUCUAAAAAGGAUGCAUGCACGCACAUAAUUGUACGUGUAUCGUGUGUACUCAAAAGUCCUUGCACAAUGACUGUCAUUUGUAAGGGGAAGGUGAUACAUUUUGUUGCUGCUGCAUUUGCAGUUCUUUUGAAAGAAUAGCACAGUCACAGACUUGAUCUUUUUUAAUAGAUUAUUAAAUUUUCUCCUUCCGUUGAAGGAGAAUGUGCCACACA